AAGAGCGCACCUUCCUCUCUCCUUCUUCGCAACGAGGCUCUCUUUUAAAAGGAGCCUUACAUUUCUCAAUUAAAUCCUUCUUCAAAAACCCAACCUUCUUCUACUUCUCCUUCUCAAUUCCCAAAGUUUGUAACUUGUCUACUGAUUUCCUCCUGCAAGUCAUCUUCUUCUCCAGGAGAGAUGUGCGGCUCAAAGAGCAACCUCUGCUCUUCAAAAACACUAACCGAAGCCGAAUUAAUGAGGCGAAAAUCAGAGGAAGAAGAAGGCGUCGCCGCCGCCACGUGUCUUCUCGAAUUAGCCGCCUGCGACGAUCUUCCAUCGUUCAGGAGAGAGAUCGAAGAGAAAUCUCUGGAAAUCGACGAGCCGGGUUUCUGGUAUUGCAGACGGGUCGGGUCGAAAAAGAUGGGUUUCGAAGAAAGAACACCUCUCAUGGUCGCUGCUAUGUACGGAAGCAUCGAUGUUCUAAAUUACAUAAUCGCCACUGGAAAAUCCGAUGUGAACAGAGUUUUCGGCGACGAGAAAGUCACUGCUCUCCACUGUGCGGUUUCUGGCUGUUCUGUCUCUAUCGUUGAAGUCAUCAAGAUCUUGCUUGAUGCUUCCGCUUCGCCUAAUUGCCUUGACGCUAAUGGGAACAAACCGGUCGAUCUAUUGGUUCGAGCUUCCCGGUUUGUACCUAACCAGAGUAGAAAAGCGGUUGAGAUUCUGUUAACCGGAAACCAUGGCUCGGUUAGUUUGAUGGAAGAUGAGGAGGAGGAAGUGAAGAGUGUUGUUAUGACUAAGUAUCCAGCUGAUGCAUCGCUUCCUGAUAUCAACGAAGGUGUUUACGGAACAGACGAGUUUAGGAUGUAUAGCUUCAAGGUUAAGCCUUGUUCGAGAGCUUACUCGCAUGAUUGGACCGAAUGUCCUUUUGUUCAUCCAGGUGAGAACGCGAGAAGGAGAGAUCCAAGGAAGUAUCCUUACACUUGUGUUCCUUGCCCUGAGUUUCGUAAAGGGUCUUGUCCUAAAGGAGAUUCUUGCGAGUAUGCACAUGGUGUUUUCGAGUCUUGGCUUCACCCAGCGCAGUAUAGGACACGGCUUUGUAAAGAUGAGACAGGUUGUGCAAGGAGAGUCUGUUUCUUUGCGCAUAGAAGAGAUGAGCUGAGACCUGUUAAUGCUUCCACUGGCUCUGCAAUGGUUUCACCUAGGUCGUGUAACCAGUCUCCUGAGAUGCCUGUUAUGUCUCCUUUGACUCUAGGCUCAUCGCCGAUGAACUCUCCUAUGGCUAAUAAUGGUGUUCCUUUGUCUCCAAGGAACAAUGGUGGGUUGUGGCAGAACAGAGUUAAUAGCCUUACACCACCACCGUUACAGCUUAACAGUAGCAGAUUGAAGUCGAGUUUGAGCGCUAGAGAUAUGGACGUUGAGAUGGAGCUUAGGCUUCGCAGGCUCAGUGAUUACAAGUCAUCAAACCUCGAAGAGAGUUUCGGAUCUUAUGAUUCUUCUUCUUCUGUGAUGCAGCUUCAAUCUCCAAGCAGGCAUUCUCAGAUGAACCACUAUCCGUCUUCACCUGUGAGGCAAGGGUUUGAAUCUUCUGCAGCCAUGGCAGCUGCAGUGAUGAAAGCAAGAUCCUCUGCUUUUGCAAAACGGAGUUUGAGCUUCAAACCAGCUCCUGUAACUUCUUCUAAUGUCUCGGAUUGGGGUUCACCGAACGGGAAGCUCGAGUGGGGGAUGCAGAGAGAGGAGCUGAACAAGCUUAGGAGAAGCGCCUCCUUUGGCAUUCACGGGAACGGCAACAAUAUGUCGCGUCCUGCUAGAGACUACAGCGACGAGCCAGAUGUGUCGUGGGUGAACUCACUGGUGAAAGAGAGUGCACCUGAGAGAGCCUUUGGAAUGACUGAGAGGGUUGGGAACACGGUGAAUGGAGCAGAAGGUAGAGACAGGUUUAAGCUGCCUUCGUGGGCAGAGCAAAUGUACAUAGACCAUGAGAAGCAGCAGAUUGUGGCAUAAGAAGCAGAAAGAAAGAAUGAGAUUUGAUUGCUUUUCCUCUAGGGCCUCUCUACACAGAAUCUAACAAAUCUGGCAAUAAUUUUUUGAUUUGUGUUUGACCCCACAGUUUGCUAGUAGUAUAUGAUAUAUGAUUAUAUUCUCUUGUUCUUUUAUAUAUUUCUUGUCAUUCUCUUGUCUUUUGUGACACUAUGUAAUGAUUAAAAGCAAAUAAUUGAUGAAUGAGUUCAAAUGUUCUCUGAA